CUUUACGACAACAAGCUGCGUUUUGUUUUACGACACAUAGUUCCGCUUUACGGCGGAAUGUAGCAUGCUCGCCUGCUGUUGACAUAUUUUUAUUUUCUCCGUAGUAUACUGUAUUAUAUUUAGAUUGUUUCCAACAUGGGAAAGCCUAAAAAGAAAAGUGACCUCAGCCGUGCAGAGCUGAUGAUGAUGACCAUUGCAGACGUCAUUAAACAGUUAGUUGAAGCCCACGAGCAGGGAAAAGAUAUUAAUCUUAACAAACUCAAAACAAAGACAUCAGCCAAAUACGGCCUUUCUGCACAGCCACGACUGGUGGACAUCAUAGCUGCGGUGCCACCUCACUAUCGACGUGCCUUGGUGCCUAAAUUAAAAGCCAAACCUAUCCGUACUGCCAGUGGGAUUGCAGUUGUUGCUGUGAUGUGUAAACCCCAUCGCUGUCCACAUAUCAGUUUCACCGGCAACAUCUGUGUCUAUUGCCCCGGAGGUCCAGACUCAGAUUUUGAGUAUUCCACACAGUCAUAUACAGGAUAUGAGCCCACGUCAAUGCGAGCCAUCCGUGCACGCUACGAUCCCUAUCUCCAGACUAGACACAGGGUGGAACAACUCAAACAGCUUGGUCACAGCGUGGAUAAAGUGGAGUUCAUUGUGAUGGGAGGCACAUUCAUGGCACUGCCUGAGGAGUACAGGGAUUAUUUCAUCCGUAACCUCCAUGAUGCUCUGUCAGGACACACGUCCAACAAUGUCACGGAGGCAGUAAGGUACUCUGAACGCAGUAACACCAAAUGUGUUGGCAUCACAAUUGAGACGAGGCCAGACUACUGUUUGAAGAGACACUUGAGUGAUAUGCUGGCGUACGGUUGCACCAGACUGGAGAUUGGCGUACAGAGCGUUUAUGAGGAUAUAGCUCGAGAUACCAACAGGGGACACACUGUCCGGGCCGUGUGUGAGUCUUUUCAUCUGGCUAAAGAUGCUGGUUUUAAAGUUGUAGCUCAUAUGAUGCCAGACUUACCCAAUGUCGGCAUGGAAAGAGACGUGGAGCAGUUCAUAGAAUUUUUCGAGAAUCCCGCAUUCAGGCCAGAUGGGUUAAAACUUUACCCUACAUUGGUGAUCAGAGGUACUGGACUGUAUGAGCUGUGGAAAACAGGCCGAUAUAAGAGCUACUCUCCCAGUGCUCUGGUUGACCUGGUAGCACGAAUACUUGCACUGGUCCCACCGUGGACACGUGUGUACCGAGUGCAGAGGGAUAUCCCCAUGCCACUGGUGAGCUCAGGGGUGGAACAUGGAAACCUAAGAGAGCUGGCAUUGGCCAGAAUGAAAGACAUGGGGACUGAGUGCAGAGAUGUAAGAACCAGAGAGGUGGGCAUACAAGAGAUCCAUCACAAACUUCGACCAUACCAGGUUGAGCUGAUCCGCAGAGACUAUGUGGCUAAUGGCGGCUGGGAGACCUUCUUGUCUUACGAGGACCCGGAGCAGGACAUUUUAAUUGGUCUCCUGCGUCUUCGCCGGUGCUCGCCGCAGUCCUUCCGGCCAGAGUUAAAGGGCGGCGUAUCCAUCGUCCGAGAGCUCCACGUUUACGGAAGCGUGGUUCCCGUUAGUAGCCGAGACCCAAGCAAAUUUCAACACCAGGGUUUCGGGAUGAUGUUGAUGGAGGAGGCGGAGAGAAUAGCGAGGGAUGAGCACGGCUCCAGCAAACUGGCUGUUAUCUCUGGUGUUGGAACCAGAAAUUACUACCGAAAAAUGGGUUAUGAACUGGAAGGGCCGUACAUGGUGAAAAGUCUUUAUUUGACGGUGUAAAAGCAAGACAUUGAAUUCUCUGGAGGAUAUUGUAUAAUUUUAAACGGACUUUAAGGGGAACUUGUGGUGUGUGGUCAGCACAAAGCAACCAUCAGGCAACAAAUCUAUUCUGUACAUGAAGAUCAUGAUGCCUUUAUGCUUGUUUAUAGUUACACUAUUUUUUUUCCUGUGCAUGCAUAGCUCUCAUUUUACAAAAUUCCUUCUCUAAGGAAUGUUUCAGCUGAACUUUAGGAUAUAAAAGAGGGAAAAUGCAGAAACUCUCUGUUAUCCGCUGUUAUAAAAACGCACAUUUUAUGUGGAUUACGGAGAGGAGUUAAUGCCAACAGCUUGGUAGAUUUUGAUUAUUUGACAUUUAAUACAAUGCUGUUAAUUUUAUAGAUUGAUUGCAAUUACAUGUUUUUGUCUUGGCUUUGCAUUGAAAAUAUUCAUUGGCUAUUUUAUCUGUUAAUAAAAGAUAUUUAUACGGGA